AUGAUUGAGUUCUCACCAUAUGAUGUGGUUAUUCGAGAGCUCCAUUACCCUGAUUUGGUUGUGGCUACUGGCAGUGUUGAUCCUGAUUCUCGGUUAUAUCGGUCUGAUGGCUUUGAGAGUCCAGAUGUGGGUGGCAUUCCGGUGGCGACCGGGUGGAGCUCCAGUGGCCGGGGGUUUGCAGCGGUGGCCGGACGACGAAUUCCGGCUGGGCCAGAGGGAGGUCGGCGGCGGUGGGGCUGCAAGGAGGUCGACGGCAACGGAGCAGGGCCGGGCGACGGGGGCCACAGGGAGGCCAGCGACGACAGGGCUGGGUCGGGCGGCGGGGGCCGCAAAGAGGCCGGUGGCGAUGGGGCUGCAGGGAGGUCGGCGGCGGCGGGGGCCGGAAGACAAGGUCGACAUGGGGCCGGGGGUCGAGGCUGGCAGGGGGACGGACUGUCAGCCCGGUUUUUCAACUUGUAG